AUGUCUAUGGAAUCGAGUGACGAACCAUCCAAGUGGGUGUGUCGAUUAGAAUCCUAUUUCGACAAUGAACUCUACUGUGGUACCGGGUUCGUGGUGAAUAUCCCAGAGACCAAUAAACUGUGUAUUCUGACUGCUGGACACAAUAUCACCCGUAAAGGUGCUGGCGAUUUGCGCAAGAUUCAAGUGACUUUCCCCAACAAGCCGGUGAUCGAAGAUGUUAAACCCGAAGAUUGCUUUACUUCUCACAUCUACAAAGAAAACCCCACCAUUGACUCCACCAGUGCGAGUGCAUUUUGGGACUUCGGCUUGAUAUCUAUUGACCCAGUGAAAUAUAAAGUCGCACCAGAUCUCUUUCCAGGCGGUUGCGCCUUCAAUGUUUGGAGAACCAAACAGGACCUACUUGCAAACCAAGUCACCGUGCAUGGCUACCGGAAGGGUGAGCCAGGGCAGACGAAAGGCACCUCGUCCCUGGAUAGAGUCGAUGCCCAUGCACUGUACUACUACAUCGACACUAUAGGGGGAGUAAGCGGAGGGCCAAUAUUCAGCUUGGAUGAUGAUGGGAAUUACGUCGCUGUUGGGAUCCAGUGA